UGUGUUUUCUUGUAAUAGAUUUGGUCUCUCCAACUAUGUUAUUUGUAUUUCUCUUUGAUCCAAUCCAUCAUCCAUCAUUUAAUCGAUUAUGAUGUGUCAGCAAAUUAAACUCUCAGAAUAAUACGUUCAAUUGACCAAUCGAUAUAAAUCAUCAUGCAAUCUUACAUGUAACUUGUCGUGCCACGUAUUUGUAUUCCCUUUCAAAUUUCUCAAAACUGCUGAGAAAAAUUACUACAUUGAAAUUCGAGGUUCAACAGAAAGUGGAAGAAAAAUAAAAAAUGGUGUGUCGCAGAUUCCAAGUGCUUCACAAUGACUCCAACUUUGAUCUCGAAUACGACACCGAUGAUGGCUUCGAAGUUCUUCAAUUUCAGCUUUACUCUCUUACUUCUGUUCCACCUGAUCAGCAAAAGAUUUAUGGAGAUGAACCUGAUACCCCAAUUGCUAUUGACUCUGAUCUCGCAACAAUUUCUGACAAACUUAGACUUGUAUCCAUCGAUGAACCUCAACAAUCCGAAUUAAACUCGACUAAUUUCUUGAAAUCUGAUGAGGAAUUGGCUAGGCUCUUACAGGCAGAAGAGGAAGCACUGAUGUUGCAGCAGUAUGUUGCUAGUGAAGAUACUCACCAAUUUGAGGGUACAGUACGGCCUUACGUUGAUAAAAUCCUCAUGUAUGAAGAUGAAAAGCGCCAGGAGGCUGCUCGGAAGACUGUUCCUGUCGAAGAGCUUGAGGAGAAAGCAUUGGUUUCUUUGGCCAAAGAGGGGAACUUCAAUCCAUCAAAAAUAGAACAAGAUCAUGCUUUCCUGCUGCAGCUGCUUUUCUGGUUCAAACAAUCCUUCAGAUGGGUGAAUUCACCAUCUUGUCGUGAUUGUGGCAACGAAACUGUAGGCCAGGGUAUGACUGCUCCACUUCCUUCUGAGACUCUUUAUGGAGCUUCCAGGGUUGAACUUUAUCGCUGCACUGUUUGCUCCAGACUGACUCGCUUCCCUCGGUACAAUGAUCCAAAAAAGCUUGUGGAAACAAGGGAAGGCCGCUGUGGAGAAUGGGCCAAUUGCUUCACGCUUUAUUGUCGAGCUUUUGGCUAUGAGUCACGUCUGAUCGUGGACUUUACGGACCAUGUUUGGACGGAGUGCUUCUCUCAAUUCCUAGGAAGAUGGAUGCAUCUUGACCCAUGUGAAGCAAUCUAUGACAAGCCAUUAUUAUAUGAAAGAGGGUGGAACAAGAAAUUGAAUUAUGCUAUUGCCAUAGCAAAAGACGGAGCUUAUGAUGUCACCAAACGAUACACAAGGAAGUGGCAUGAGGUCCUAUCUCGACGUACUAUGCUUACAGAGCCUUCUUUGUCAUCUGUACUCACUAAUAUAACCAACGAAUGUCGAAGAGGCUUUGCGUCACAACUACUUUCAACAAUUGAAGCUCGUGAUACAGAAGAAAACCAACAACUUGAGAGGAAUUUGCAUUCUGAAGAUGACGAGUCCGUCUUGUUACCUGGAAGAAGAAGUGGGAACGAGCAAUGGCGCAAAUCCAGAUCUGAAUUGGGUUCUGAUAACCUAAGUUCUUCUGCUUGCCCAGUUCGUUUGUGCGUAGAUGAGCAUGUGACUAAGAUUUAUAAUGCAUUUUGUCCUAUACUUCAUCAUUUUAUCAAUGAAGAACUAACAAAAUCCGAAGCUGUUGAAGUACUUGGGAUUACUAAAGGACUUCUCUCGGAUCUUCGCCGUUCUCCUUUUAAAUCAAGAAGGGUCUCCAUUGAUUCAGUUCUAAACAACCCAAAAUUUCAGAAACUUUUGCCAUCUUUUGAUAAUUUACUUGAUGCUCUUUCGCUGGAGAAAAAAGUGAAUACUGAUGGGAGGGUUGAAAUUUGUAUGGCUGGUAACCCUGUAGUAACUUCUUUAGCAUUGCCCGUUGUGCUAGAUGCUCUUGAUGACGUGGUUCAAAAUCUUAACAAGUGUGAAAACUAUGGGAAAGAUAUGUUUUCAUUUCCACUUCUGAAGUCAAAUCGAUUACAUUCCGGUUCAGUCAUUGCAAGUGCAGAGGAGUUGCCUUUGGGGAUUGUAACAUCAGCAUUUGAUGGAACUCGAAUAUCAAAAUGGGAAGAACCAAAUGGAGCAAAAGGUGGUUGGAUCGUGUAUAGAACAUUUAAUAACAAGAGUUUUGAGCUUGUGGCAUAUGAAUUGAUGUCAGCCAAUGAUGCCCCAGAAAGGGAUCCGAUGGACUGGAUUCUUGAAGGGAGCAAUGACGAGGGAAUCAGUUGGCAAGUUUUGGACAAGCAAAACUCUCAAUUCUUCAAAGACCGUUUCCAACGUAGAACAUACAUGAUCAACUCAGCAAGUUUUCCAUCUAAUAUUUUCAGGUUCAGGUUUGUGGCUGUCAAAGACAUUCAAUCUACUUCCCGGCUGCAAAUUGGUAGCAUUGACCUCUACGCCAAAACAUUAUGAAAUAUAGGUAAGAUUGUGAGCAGAAUGGAACAUUUCCUUUUAAUUUUUUAUGAAAAAUUGAGCAAAUAUUUGUCAAAAUUUCUUUUCAAUAUAAGAAAUGUAAAUUUACUGUCAUUACCUUAAAAGGAAGCAUCGCCUUGAAGGAAUAUUCCGUUAUUACUUAUAUAUGUGUGGACCUCAUUAAUAUUUAAUUUGUUUUGCUAGCUUGCCCGGUAACACUGGGGUUUGGAAUAAGACAAUGUUGUUAGAUUAGGAUAUAUACCCCAUUAGAUUUUCAUUUUGUAUAUGUGCAAUAAACUUUUUAACGUUUGUCUUGAA